AUGACACACGUCCGUGAGGUACGCGAGGGCGACCUAGCGACCAUCGCAUCGCACUGCGCAGAGGCGCGAUACCCUCUCAAUGAACAGAUGCUGCGGCGGAUGAUCCUCCACCCGCAGACGCGCUAUCUCUGCCUGGUUGACGACGAGGACGACGAGCGCAUCCUCUGCUCGUGCGUCUUGACCUCCGUCGGCGGGCGUGCCCUCUAUCUGGCCAUGUUUGUCACUCCUUCCCAGCACCGUCGUCGUGGCUAUGGUGUGGCACUCAUUCGGUGGCUCCUAGCGGAUGUGCAGCAAUCCAACGACAGCGUGGACCGCGUCUUCCUUGGUGCCUCUCCGAUGAGCAAGGCAAUCUUCGAGCGUGAGGGCUUCGUGCCGGAAGAAGGAAGUUGCAACAAGCUCUCGAUGCCGGGUACAGUUGCGCCUGAUGCUCGAGAGGGCUUCCUUUCGACGAGGCUAGACCAGCUUCCGGAUCCGGUGCAAUGCCAGCUGGCCGACAUGUGCGACCAAGGAGGCAGGCUUCAGCGAUGGUCCCUAUACGCCUCGAUCCUGGCCGAAGCCACCGUCCACAUUCUCUUUGACCAAACGACAGAGAGACAGGACAAAGUGGUUGCCUGGCUAGCCACACGCCCCGAUGGGAAAGAGAGAACAACGCUUGGGCCUCUGAUGGCGUAUGACGUCGAUGUAGCAAGCCGUCUUGUCGGCAUGGUGGUCAGGCCCCUCACCCGGAACGGUGGCCCCGUGCAGACGGUUGACGCAUUCACCGAUCCGAGAAGCAAUCGGAAGAGCCAGCUGCAGGAGUCGCUUCUUUCACGGGGCUGGCAACUUCAAAAGGGCUUUCCCUUAAUGACACACCGUCUCGCACGAGACAAAGGCGAGGGAGUAAAUACGGCAGCUGCCCCGGGGCUUGCACUGCACCUUAUGCACCCUGUUUGUGGCGUGCUCUGA